AAUCAAACAUUCAUUGCGUGAAUUUCAUGCCUGGCUUAACAAUAGUUUGUUCCAUACUGCAUGCAUGGCAUUAACGACCAUGCAGAAGAUGUCCAUUUUACAUAUUUGCUCAGUAGUGUGAUAGUUAUUAGGGAGCAGAGCGUGCAAAAAUAUCUGUAAGUACGGAACCGUACUAUUCCUGCGAUAAAAAACAUUACACAGAUAAUUUUACACACUCGGUUCGGUCCCCUCCAAAAGCAGAUGUGUUUUACAAAACAUAGUCGGCUGAUUGCAUUAUUUCACAACGUUCGUACAAGUCAACUGAUCCGUUCUCACUCUGAUUUUGUAUGUAGCAGUUGUCGAGGUUAUUUAACUUAACUGCUGCAUACAUGAGACAUUUCUUUAGGCAGUGAGUGACUCUUCCAUUUCUGACGGUAAAUAAUAUUGUGCUAAAUAAACUAGUUCCUUGGUGAAAGUGGUCUUACAUAUACAAGCGCACAACUAACGCUUUUCCUUCAAUACAACUGGGACAAAACAAAUAUCGAUCAUAAGCAUUUGCCUUAUUGAUUACUUGUGGAAUUAAAAAUGUAAAGUUUCAAAGACAUGCAACUCGUGUAUAUAAAGUGCUAAGAAUUCUCAUUCCAUCAUAUUCAUCUGCCUGUGAUAUUUUGCAUAAUCUACAAUAACUUUAUCUCGCUAGUCCGUAACGUUUUUUCGUCAAAUUUCACUACUGAUCACGUGUAUACGUUGUAAAAAUAAGAAAGAAGAUGAAUACUAACACCUCCCAGGCAGACAAAGGGCUGACCUUGACCGCAGAAGGAAGGAGCACAGCCAAUUGCGGCAUUCUUAUUAAUGAGACAAAUCGCAAUGAAGGACAUUUCAAUGACGUUACAAAGUCCAGCAGUGCUGGUCUCAACAAUUAUAAUAAUGUCAACCAAGAUCAAAUCGUGAAACAAAGUACGCCUCAUCAGCACCACGAUGAUGGUGGCGGAACAAAUAAUUAUCAUGCGUCUCCACGUGCGGCCAAGGGGGAUGACGAGCUGAAUGUGAAUUACGCUGAUGGGUUACCAUUAUUAUCAACAAAUGUGGUUAUGCAACAACCAAAUACCAAUAAUACGACGGCACAACCACCACUACCAGUAGCUUCCAACGCCCGAAAAAUGUUGGUUUCUCAUCUUCCCUUUCACCCCCCAGUUUCACUGGAGUUUUCCGACUUGCGUUACUCGGUUCGCGAUGUGGCGUCCUCGAAAGGAAGUUCUAGCUUUGGAUCCAAUAUUUCUAAACAAAUGAAAUAUAUUUUGAAAGAUGUUUCUGGUGUAUUUAAGCCUGGACAACUUACAGCAAUAAUGGGGCCGUCAGGGGCAGGAAAAUCCACACUAAUGAACAUUUUAGCAGGAUACAAGACACAUAAUAUUCAAGGGACAGUCAAUGUGAACGGCAAGCGUCGAGACCUCGCACAGUUCAGGAAGAUGGCAUGUUACAUUAUGCAAGACGAUGUUUUACUUCCUCACCUUACCGUCCUGGAAGCCAUGCGAUAUGCGGCACAGCUAAAGCUUCCAAGGCGUACAAGCAAAGAAAGAAGAGAACUUGUGGUCACAGAAAUCCUGGAUAUGAUCGGAUUAUCAGAAUGCAAGAAUGUAAGAACCUCAAAUAUUUCUGGUGGCCAGAGAAAGCGACUCGCAAUUGCACUAGAGCUUGUAAAUAACCCCGAGCUGAUGUUUUUCGACGAACCAACUUCGGGUCUGGACUCGGCCUCAUGUUACAGUUGUGUCGCACUUCUUAAAGCGUUGGCAAUGGGAGGGAGGACAAUAAUUGCAACUAUUCAUCAGCCUUCUGCCCGUAUUUUUGAACAGUUUGACGCUCUGUAUCUUCUCUCUGGUGGAAUGUGCUUGUAUCGAGGACCAGUUUCAUCUCUUGUUCCAUUCAUGGCAAAACAGGGUCUUCAUUGUCCAGCUUAUCAUAAUCCAGCAGAUUUUGCAAUUGAAGUCGCCUCUGGUGACUACGGGGACCAUUGGAUCUCCAUGCUAAAGAAGGCGACAGCUUUAAGCUCAGAAUCAGAUUCAGGCUUAGCUAAUGACAUUUCUGAUGCCGAAGACAGUCAUCAUCAAGUAGAAAACAGUUCACUCAGUGCCUACCAAAAAGAUAACAAGGGACUUGAUAGAAUUGGCAGCAGUAAAGAUAAGGAUGUUUCCGUUGCACUAAUGUCGCCGGAUGGAGACUCUGAGGAAACAAUUUCGUCUGAUGAUGGGCGCGUGUACAAGUUUUGUAACCAGUUUACCGUUUUGUUAAAGCGUUCUUUUCUCUGUAUUUAUCGAGAUUUGAUGUUGACGCAUUUAAGAUUCGCCUCAACUGUAUUGGUGGGUCUACUCAUUGGAGCAAUUUUUCACGAUAGUGGAAAUAAUGCAGACCAAACUUUCAACAAUGCAGGAAACAUUUUCUUCGGAUUACUUUUCAUGGUAUUUUCUGCCAUGAUGAGCACGGUUCUUACUUUUCCUCUUGAACGUGGGGUCUUGGUACGAGAACAUUUGAAUUGCUGGUAUUCUCUCAAAUCGUAUUACUUGGCCAGAACACUGGCCGACAUGCCAUUUCAGUUAUUCUUUCCUUUGCUGUACACUGUGAUUACCUACUUUAUGACGGAUCAGCCACAUGAAGCAUUCCGUUUUUGGAUCAUCGUUGCGAUGAACACAAUGAUAAGUUUGGUAGCACAAUCUCUCGGUCUCCUGAUUGGGGCUGCUUGUCAUAUCCAGUCUGCGGUAUUUGUCGCACCAAUCACAGCGAUUCCAGUAUUUUUGUUUGGAGGCUUCUUUGUAACGCUCAGCAGCGUUCCAGCUUAUCUGCGAUGGAUGUCUUAUGGCUCGUAUGCAAAAUAUGCCUUCCAAUCCGCCAUAACUGCAGUGUAUGGUUUCGACAGAGCAGACUUAAAGUGCCAUCAGCCAUAUUGUCACUUCAAAAAUCCGAGGAAAUUUCUGGAACAGUUGGAUUGCAAAGAUGUCGACGUGAUGGAGCAAACACUGUGCCUAUUUGCACUUGUUCUUCUCUGUCGAGUGUUAGCCUACUUUGCUCUAAGAUUGAAGAUAUUUGUAGAAAAACAAUAAGCACUUAAUUCGGACUAAUUCAAUAGAGUCGUUCCGUAGUAUAGCUUUAAAUGUUUUAACAAAACGCCUUCUAGCUUUUAUUUAAUGUGUGCACUUUUUCACAGUUUUACCUGCAAGAUAUUCAUAAUUAAACGAAAAUUAACAAUAAAUUGAAUGACAAUUAAAUAAACUAUUCAUUCACUAUUAA